AAAUUAAUCGGUUGUGCCGAGCAGUGUUUUUAUAAAGUAUGAGAAAAAUACAAGAAAUCAACUCAGAAAGGAAAGGCAAAACAACCUUUGAAUUGUCAAAAACCAGCAACUUCUGCUUAUAGAAACCGAACCAGAAAACAAAACUAGAAAGAUAAAGAGUUGUAGCAAAUUUUUACAAAAGAAGAUACAGAGAAAACUGUAAAAACGGCAGAUAAAACAAUGGAGGUACUGCAAGAAGAUGAAGAGUACAACUGGAGAGAAGUGAGACUGCCUUCAAUGACUCGAGUAGAACCCGAACCAGAGCUAGAAAGAGAGAAAGGAGAAAGAAGAAGAGGCAGAGACAUACUUAUAGCGAUUGAUCAUGGGCCUAAUAGCAAGCAUGCUUUUGAUUGGGCUUUGAUUCACCUUUGCAGACUGGCUGACACCAUCCACCUUGUGCAUGCUGUCUCCAGUGUGCAAAAUACUGUUGUUUACGAGAUAAGCCAGCAGCUCUUGGAGAAGCUUGCUGUGGAGGCUUUGCAGGUUGCCAUGGUGAGUACUGUGGCUCGUAUUGUGGAAGGGGAUGCUGGUAAGAUAAUUUGCAAGGAAGCAGUAAGGUUAAAGCCUGCAGCAGUGGUGAUGGGUACCAGAGGCAGAAGCUUAGUUCAAAGUUUUCUUCAGGGUAGUGCGAGUGAAUAUUGCUUUCACCACUGUAAAGUAGCACCUGUUAUAAUUGUUCCUGGGAAAGAAGCUGGAGAGGAAUCAUUGAUAUAACAGAUUCAGCACUUGAAGGUCAUGGAAAUCGUUCGAGUGGUUGCAUAGGCUAGCAAGGUUUCGAAGAAGUUGAUUUUCAAUAUGUAACAAGAAUGUUCUGUAAUGCACAGUGCUGUUUUAUAUUUAAUAAGGUUGUGUAUUAUAGGUAUAAUAAAUACACAUUAGAAUUUUGAUUGAUUAUUUCAAGAUUGCUGUAUUAUAUGCGUGAUGAUAACUAUUUAGUGGAUACCUUACUCGGCCGCUCUAUUCCCAGAAUUGUUCAA